AUGUUGUUGAGCAGAAAUAGCGGCGGCGGCGGUGGUGAACACGGCGACGUGUUUCUGCCUCGCCAAGGAAUGGAGCGAAGAGGGGCGCACCUUUACUGCUUACCAUCUGCGAGCCGUUCCACAGCAUCGUCGUUUGCGAGCGACUUUUCGAGCGCAGGAAAGACAGCAUCAGGAGCCGUAGCGAGCUCAGCACUGUCAGACGCCGGCAGCUCCGUCGUCACCAGCGCACCUUCAUCUUCCUUUUCUUCGCCUCGUGCCCCGUUCGAAGGCCUACCUCCCUCUCAAUCUCCUCAAAAGACGAACAAGGAUCUGGCCACGGAGGAAGCAAGAAGAAGCACUGACAUGGCGUCGACCAACACAUAUUCGAGAAAGGAGUGGGGUCUUGUUUCGAUCAUUCGGAUUCUCGACUCGCCCGGGAUCGUGCUCAUCACACUGUACCACGUCCCCUCUCACGCCAUGUUUGGCUGGCCGCUGCAGACCGACCCGCGCCAUCGCUCCCCCGACCGAGCCAUUGUCUUUGUGACGCCUCGUAGCCGGCGCGAAUCGACCGAUUGCUGCCACCACAAGACGAGCGAGAGUCUCUGCGUGCUGUCCGAUGUGCUCGUGACAUGGAUGAGGCACUCAUCGUCUCUGUCGCCUUCUGUCAAGAGAAAACUUGGAGAGAGGGAACAAGACACCUUGUGGCUCGCACACAUCAUGAAUCUUGCUGUGGUGGGGCCGUCGUUGGCGAAAGAGCUGCGCAAAAAGCAGGAGGUUCCCACGCACAAGGACCUCUUUCCGGACGAUGACACAACAGAGCAGGCGCCCGUUGCGCGCGUUCAGAGCACGUCGUCUAAAGCCCCCCAGAGCAUCUUGAUCGGAUCAGACACUUCUUGUGUGCCUACUCCGCCUCACACGCACGACGAGACGCCAUCUCCCGCCAGCAAAAGCCGACCGAGCUCGCUGCGGUCUGACACCAGCAAGCCAAGCUCUCCCCGUCCCUCUUCUGAAGGACGUUCUGUUCACGCAUCUCGCUCUUCCUUUGAGCAAACGCAGGGGGUCUCGGAAACAAACCUCAAGCUGAAAGGGAGCGGACCAUUGCGCAAGUUUCGGUCCAUGACAAGCGAGCUGUCCACGACAAUUACCAAGUCGCUGUCCUCACCCUUUUCCUCGUCCUCCUCUUCCCUUACCUCGUCUCCAACAACUGCAACAACGACUGCGGACGUGAGCCGCGAGAGGCCCUCACGUAGCGCUUCUUCGUCGCCAGCGCCGGGCCAUUCAAGGGAGAACAAGCCGAAACUGUCUGCUCUCCAGACGACGUACAGUCCAGCUCGCGCUAGCACUCUUUCCACGGUCCCCAGCAUUGAAGUAUGGUCGCCCACCUCGCCUCCAGCUACGUCUAUCAGGCCUCCAUGGACCAGGGGUGUCUCCUCAUCCGAGCAACCAUCCUCUGCAAGCUCUAUUGAGAGUGUUUUCGACGCGGCUAGGUCAGCAAAGGUGCCCACAGACAGCGAAUCGACUUCGUCUCGACAUGAUUGA